GGUAUGUUUUCUUACGCUAGGUCUGGUCUCCUUUAUUGGUCGUCGCCUAAUAGGAGUUAUACUAAAAUAGUUUCCUGAUGUGCUGCAUUGUGUAGUGAUUUGUCGUAAUCGGUGGUUAUCAUAAUCAAGAUUUUUCUGCUUUGUGCACUUUAAAAUGACGUCUACGAAGCCUGGAGAAUGGGUCAUGCAGGCUCUACUUCGUCAGUUAACCAACUUAGCCCAAUUGAAAAUUGAGAAAGCACUUGAAGAUGGUCAAGAAACAAAUCUCGUGAAAAGCAUGAAACUGAAUGAAGAUGCAGCCUAUGAACAUCUCAUAAGUGCUUUUGGUGUUGCCGCCGAAUUCGCUCUUCCUUCAAUCUUAUCUACACUUUCACUAUGGUAUAGAUCUCAGCACUCAUCUGGGAAAUAUUAUCAAUUCCACCAGUUUCAGUCUUUAAGUUCAGCCAAUGAAUACAUUGGAAACGCUACUUCAAUGGCAGUCCAACGUCCUUUAGCUAACGAUAGUAAUCCUGUUGUUGAAAGCCAACAAGUUUCAUAUCUUACUGCCAAUAAAUCAGAAAAGACUAUCAAAUGUGCCUCAGAGUCAUCUUCGCUGUCGAAAUCCCAUAAUUUACAUUUACCAGAGUUAUCUGUUCUAUUUGAACGACGUGAUCUUGCCAUUGAUAUUAUAUUUUGUCAUGUCAUGCUUGCAGUUUUAAAGCAAUUGCCUUUUCAUCCAGGCCAUAAUGAUGUUAUUGAAUCAAUCUUAGAGCAAUGUUUCGGAAGAUUCAACUAUAGAGAGGAUUUGCAGCCGAAAAAUAGUGAAAAUAUAAAUCUCGUCGCUGAUCUAUACGCAGAAAUUGUCGGACUGUUAUUCCAGUCAAGAUUUGCUCUGGUACGCUACAAAUUUAUGAGUUGUCUGAAUGAUCUGCGAUCUAAAGAAAACAGUCAAAAUAAUAGAGCUAGUAUUGUAUCUCUUAUAAUGGGGAUGAAGUUUUUCCGGGUUAAAAUGCAUCCAAUUGAAGAUUUUGUGAAAUGUUUCACUUUCUUACAAGAGUUAGGUCAAUACUAUCUGGAAGUGAAAGAAAUUGAAAUCAAGCAUGUACUCUCUGAUUUGUUUGUUGAAAUUUUAUUGCCAGUAGCUGCUGUUGCACGUCAAGAAGUUAACAUUCCAGCAUUAAAAACAUUUGUAGAAAAUUUAUAUCCAACAAGUUUGGAAUUGGCUAGUAAGAAGAAACAUAUCCCAGCCUUAUUCCCGUUAGUGACUUGCUUGCUGUGUGUUGGUACUAAAUCAUUUUUCUUGAAUAAUUGGACCAAUUUCUUGUCUAUCUGCUUAAGUCAUCUUAAAAAUCGGACUUCUAAAGUAGCUUUAGUCAGUUUACAAUCAUUAUCCUGCAUAUUGUGGGUCUACAUUGUACGUAUCAAAGGUGAAAAACAUACAGAAACUCAAACAAAAUUACACACAAUUAUCAAUAGUUUAUUUCCGAAAAAUCAGAAAAUUAUUCUACCAAAAGAUGCACCAAUCAAUAUAUUUGUUCGUAUUAUUCAAUUUAUUGCUCAUGAAAAGCUUGAGUUUGCCAUGAAAGAAGUUAUCAUUGAGCGGUUAGGGGUGAAUGGAUUACAGAAAACUUUAGUGAUGCCAGAGCGAAUAAAUGUAGGUAUAUGUGCAUUCCUGCUGAUUGCCCAUGGCCUUCAACAGAAGGAGGGGGAACCGCCCAUGCCUCAACAAUGCAUUGGUGCCGGAGGGGUUGGUGGUGGUUUUAGGCAAGCUGUUAUUAAACGUUCUUUUCAUGGUACCAAUUUGAAUGAAGCAUUGGGUUCCUUAUUAGGAAUACAAAGUUAUUUAGUACCUGUUCGAAGAGCAUUUGAACAUAUUUUACGUCAGCUGGAUACUCAAGUUUGUCGUACAAUGAUGUUGCCAAAACAAGAAGUUACUCAAAAAGAAUUUGAUGAGUUAAUGACAGCAGACCGUAAACCUAAACUGGAUUUAUUAAAGACCUGUGUUGCCUGUAUUCCUCGUCUGCUUCCUAUUGAUAUGACUAAACAAGAGAUUUUAGAAAUACUGGCUAAAGUUUGUCUGCAUGUCGACGAAGACGUACGAAAAAUGGCACAGCAAGCUAUGGCCAACUUGAUAGUCGAACUACCAGCUUAUCGGGUUAAAACAAUACAAGUUUUUAUACAAUUUAUUCAGAAAAAUGUAGCUGAUACAUCACCUCACCAACUAGAUAGCUGUCUGAAGACUUUAUUUCAUCUAUUAAACAAUUGGAAGUUAGCAUUGCAAAAGGAUGGAGCCGUAACACCUAAUAUGGCUGAAAAAUCAGCUUUAUAUGAAGCUGAAGGAUUUGCUUUGGUUAUGUUGUGCAGUUGUCGUUUAAUUACUAGACGUUUAUCUCUUCAUAUUCUCAGGAAAUGUCGAGCUUUAUCAAAUUUAAUCCAAUCCGCUACUUAUGAUCAAACGUUAAAAAAUCCAAAUGAUUCACGGGAAUUGUGUUGUAUAGAUAUUUUAGACCGUUCAGUGCCAAUUAUUUUGAAAUAUCUUUUACCUAUAUUACCUUUAAGCGAAAGAUCCGCUUUGUCUUCCGUGUCUAACAUGGAUUUUUCUGUCUUCACGGAGCGCUCUCAUCCUGUUUGGUUUAGUGGUAGUACACUGCCUGUAUAUUCACCUGUGGUUUUACCAGCUAAUUAUUUGAAUAACACUCAAUACUCUGGUUUAAUGUCUAACAAUGACGUGCAACAAAGUGAAGAAGUCCGAUUUAAUGGUUUAUCAAAUCUUCACGAUCUUAACAAAUUAAACAAUUGUAAUAAUAAUAACAACAAUUGUAAUACUAAUAAUAAUCCAACUGUAGGAAAUCCAGUGACCGGCAACACAAAUGAGAAAUCUAAACCCGAUGAAUCUGUUGUACAGGAAUCAUUUACAAAAAUCGGAUGUCGAAUUUGUCCCAAUCUUCAUCUACCUCAUUUAUUAACCGGAUUAACUGAAGUCAGACCGCAAGUUUCUGGGUUAUUCAUACCUUCGAAAUCUUUUGAUUUCCGUAAUAUACAAACUUCGAAGUCGUAUUUAUCUACAACACCUGUUCAUCGAAGAGCAUCUCAGUAUAAUCAACAAAUUCAGCAUACUCAACAAGCUUACAUUAUGCAGCCUGCACAAGAACGUGUAGCUGUCACAGAUGUAUGGGCUACUUGUCUUUCUAUUGUAUUCAACUCAUCUAAUUUGCCCACAAGUUGUCCCAUGGCCAUCAAAUCUGCUUGGUCAAUAUUGUUUCAACGAAUAAGUACUAUUUUUCCUCUAAUUGACCCAAGCGCACAAAUGGCUGAAAAUCGAGCAUCCUCGUUACUCCGAACUGGAAGUAAGAAACCUGCAAAUGAACGUGAACAGUUCAUUCCUCUUUGGCAUAAUUAUGUCGUUGUUGGAUGUUGUAUAGCUCCGAGCUCUACUGGUUUACGGAUUUCGAAAUCUCCAGAUACGCGCUAUCAGCCUGGGUUCCAUCUACAAAAGCAUUCACUUGACUUUUCAACAAAAGGGGAUUCUAAUGAAACUUGGUGGUCCUGUUUAGAUUUCACUUUUAAUGUUCUUCAAGAAGCCCCAUUAUUAGCUCCUCAGUAUGCCCCAAUCUCUUCAUCGCAUUCAACUUCUGAAAAUAUAUCUAAAGUGGAUAUUCCAACAUUUGAUCAUACUUCAUCAUCAAAGGGCACUAAAAAAGAUUUUAUUGAUGUUAGUGAUAUUGGCCUAACUGAAAUAUUCGUAUCAGCAUCUAAUGGGUGGAAUAAGCCAGGAAAUUCUCAGAUACGUUUGCGCGAAAAGCUCUAUUGUUUAGUCAGUUGUUAUGGACUUCCUCCUCAACAGUGUAUCAGUGCUCCAAGAAGUCCUUCGGUUAUAUUCAGUCAAUCUACUGAAACUUUAGAUCCUCAAUUAAGUAUCCAUUCCAGCAGUGAAACAACAUCUGUAGUCGAUAUUAGUAAUUCAGAUGAUAUUCAUUUAGAUGAUACAAGUAGUGGUGAACAGACUGCUGUGUUUCGUGAUUUGGAUACCUAUUUAGAUGCUCAGUUGAUGAAUAUAAACUUUUUAGGUGUACCAGAUUGUAGAUUAGCGUCAACAAAUGCUUCCAUGAGUGAGGAAGAACCUAGACGUCCUUGGGGUGUACGAGGCCAAGCAAUUACAUGUCAUUUCGAUUUUAAUGGAGAUGGAAAUGAAUCAGUUAAUAAUGAGUCUGUCGGUGGCUUAUCUCGAACUGUACAAUCGUUGGAGAAAACAACUAGUAGUUUGGCACAUAGUAUCACAGAAUCGGAUUAUUUUACAGCUGCUUAUCAACAUCAUCAUCACCACUCAGAAAAGCAGCAUCAAAAUAGAACACAUUCAUUGCCACAUUUAACAUGUGUUACUAAUAGUCUAAGUGAUGUGAAAGAUACAGAAUCUAAUAGUUCGAGUACAAAUCGAUAUUCAACGAUAACAAUUAGUAAUAAUUAUACAGAUGAUAACAUAGAUGGCAAAUAUUCAGCAGCAUCAUACAGUGAAGAACAACAACAACAACAACCACUACUACCACAGUUGGAAUACAAAAAUCCAUCAACUUCACUUGCCUGGCAAUCAUUCGCUGAGGAACAGUCAAAUUUUAGGAUUAAUGAUUUGAUGAAUGAUGAGUUUACUGGAAAAGAAAAGUUUAAUAAAGGUAUACAGGUAGUGAAGUAUCCACUUGUUACCGUACGCAAUUCACGUAGUGAACGUGUAACAUUUAAUCUUGAUGGUGAUAAAAAUCAACAUGAUAAUGAUGAGGUCGGCAGGCAGGAUGAUGUUCAUCGAAAAAAUAAGAUAUCUAUGGACGAUGGUAUAGAGAAAAUCAAUGAUCGAUGCAUGUCAAAAACGUGUAAGGGAAUCCUAAUCAAUCGCACAAAUCAUGAUUAUGUUAAGGGACUACAUAAUGGAUUGCUACUGUCCGAUACUGUGCUUGCUAAUAAUUCUCGAGUACGAUCCGCGUCAACACAAUCACUCAAUAAUGAUGGGAAUUACAAUGAAACUAAUAAUUCAGAUCAAAAUUUAAGGUCACGUAUAUAUUUUCCUCGAUGUCUGUCAUCUAAUCGUAAUGAAGUAGGUACAAAAUAUAUAAAUCAUGACAGAUUGACAGAUGAACCUGAACAAACAGUUGAUAAUCACCAUUAUCAUGAUCAUUUUUCUGUGAAUAUUCCACAAAAACUUUUGGCUGGACAAAUCAAACGUAGUGUAUCAACAUCUGAAUUAUUAUUGACUAGACAACAUUUUACAUUGAAUAAUAAACCAAAUGAUUACAAAUCUUUAAUUAAUUCUGUAGUGUUGUCACCGUUAACAUAUCAAAAUAAAGUUAGUUAUCAUGUAAAUGACAAAUAUUUUACUAGCUUCUCUUCAUCUUUAUCAUCGACAAGGUCACUGUCGCCAGUGAAUCAUCACAGCCGAUUCGAACAAACGGCGUUUAAUUUAAUUAGUACAAAUGACAAAGAUAAUUUGAACACUAAUAAUAAUAAUAAUAAUAAUAAUAAUAAUAAUAAUAAUAAUAAUAAUAAUAAUAAUAAUAAUAAUAAUAAUAAUAAUAAUAAUAAUAAUAAUAACAAUAAUAAUAAUAAUAAUGCUGAUUUAUCAAAAAUCAUUUCAUAUCGACCAAAUUUACCUUGUUCUUCUUCCGUAUUGCCUCAAUCGAUUCCACUUUCAUUAUCACCAACAUUAACAGCACCAUCUGUACAUAGUUCUCAUUUAUCACUUCAUUGUAUUGAAAUUAUUCGAAAAUCCAGUGAUCUCCCUGUUAUCCAUAGAAAGCAUAAAGCAACAAGUGAUUCACAUUUGAAUUGCUUUAAUAAACAGUUAUUGUGCCAUCAUCAAGAACUUCAUCAAUCAAAUAGUCAUCAUCGGUGUUAUCAUUUUUCAUGUGUUAAUGAAAGCACUCAUAAUGAUGAUUCUUCUGAGUGUACUUCUUUGAACAAAAUCGUAUCAGUUCAACCAAUACAAAGAUUAUGCAAUUGGAAGUAUCCACUAAUUACUCAACAAAAAUGGAUUGCAUUAGAACCAUUAUUGAACUCAACCUGUUUACACUUCGAUGAACAACAAAAGUUAAUAUCGCUACUGAUGGGACUUCCACAAUUGUAUCAGGAGAUAAUUUCACGCUAUAUUAAUGCUGUUAACGAUACGAUCGAUUUGUCUGUUUGUUGUUGGACUGAAUCAAGCCGAUUGAAUUGUUUAGCGAAAUUAGUCGAAAAAAUCAAAACCUAUUUGAGACCACCCUGGUUUUUUUGUCGUUUAUGUCAGGAUGAUCUUACUGAGACGGUUCAUUCUUAUUUAAUAAGUAACAUGAUUCAUUUAUUGGAAAAACACCAAGGAAUCCAAAAUCAAUUUGAAAAACUUUAUAAUCUAUUACAAUCUGAAAAUACCAGAGACACAUUUAUCCAACUAUUCUGUAAUAUGUUCACUAACUUAAUAGAAUUUGUGAAAUAUUCAUAUGCUAGUGUUGAAACCAUUUAUGCUAAUUUAUCCAAGUUGAAGAAAAAUGAAAUCCUAUUACCUGCAAUACUGGAUCGAUCUUGUCGUUUCCAAUAUUUACUAAAGUGUGUUCUAUUAGGUCUAGAUUUGACCAGUGAUAUCAAUAAUCAUGAUGAUAACAGUGACGUACCUAUCAAACUAGCUAUUUGCAAUGAACCCGCUGCUUUAAAAAAUCAACUAUGUGAAUUCCUAGCAAACAUGCUGACAAGUUUUCCAAACGAUGAAUUACUAACCGGGUCCAAUAAUUUUAAUCCAGAAAAUUGUAAACAAGUAAUUAGAUUAUAUAAACAAUUAUCACAUAAGUCCCCAGAUGAAUAUUGCAUAUCUUCCGUUACCGGCACUUGACAAAGACAUAAACGACCAACUAGAUACUACCAAUUACUUCGCUUAUUUAACUGAAAGCCUACACCACCUCGUAUUAAAUGAUAAUGUUAAUGAUGAUAAAUUAUGUUGA